AUGAAGUUUGGGGUCUUCAAUUUUGCCGCUGGCCUUGCCAUGGCGGCCGCAGUGCCUCUAUCAAGCUUUUCUUCAACUACCUAUUUCUUCACCUUUGGCGAUUCAUACUCACAGACCAACUUCAACGUCUCUGGCGAGCAGCCAAAUGCCGUAGACCCGAUGGGAAAUCCUACAUUGGGAACUGGGACAACGGGUGGUGGGAUUAACUGGAUCGGCCGCUUGACGACUACGUACAAUGAUUCCCUCGUCUUGAGCUACAACUUAGCCGUCGGCGGUGCAACCAUCAAUAACGCUAUUGUCAAUUCCGGAUAUGAGGACAUGACUUCGCAAGUGGCGACCUUCCAAUACGUAUACAGCAACAAAUCUGGCUUUGCACCUUGGAAGAGUAGUGAUGCAGUGUUCGGGUUUUGGAUUGGGAUCAAUGAUAUUGGUAAUGGGUUCAAGAGUCAGAAUGCUAGCCAAGUAGUGCCAAGACUAAUGGCCCAGUACAAAUACCUUUUCCAGUCUAUCUACGCCGACGGCGGACGCAAAUUCUUGUUCCUCAAUGUCCCGCCAACGAAUCGGAGUCCUUUUAUUCUCGACCAGGGCCUGGCGGUAUCGCGGAAGCAUACUGCGUGGCUAGCUGACUACAAUGAAGCACUCAAGCUGAUGGUCCUUGGUCUAAGAGAUAGAUAUUGGGAUACGCAGAUUGUUUUGUACGAUUCUUUCAAGUUCAUGACCAAGGUUCUCAACAAUCCUCAAGGAUAUGGAUUUCGGAACGCCUCUUGUAUAGAUGAUGAUGGGGCGAGGGAUAUGAAGCCCUACCUCGCCGCAUUUGAAGCGUGGUAA